AUGUCUACAAUAAAGCUCUUUGGCAAAGAAAUCAAAGUCGAGGAGGAGGAGGAGAGCAUAAUGUUAUUCGGAAACCGGAUUUUGCUGCAUGCAGCAUUGAACGAGAACGAGAACAAGAAGCAGAAGCAGAAGCAGAAUGACAAUAGAAUUGUAAAUGGGAUAAAUUUGCUGCCACCAAAAUGCAUGCGUAUGGCUAUUCGAUUAGGAGGAGGGAGUCGACCGGUUUACAUUGCCAGAAAGCAAGUGGAGAAUUCGGACUUCAGUUUGCAACAGAGCCGGUUACUUAUUACAGCUAGUACACACUGCUGGAAAUUACUCGACGACUUGAUUGCAUCAGAGGAUAAUGACAUUGGUGUUCAGGUGAGAGUGAUGGAUCCACGGUGUAAAUUCCAUGACAUGAAGCUGAAUAGAUGGAACAGCGUAGGCAGAUUUGUGUUUAACAGAGGAUGGAAUAGCCUUCUCAAAGAAAACAAACUUGAAAAAGGCGAUACACUUGACCUCUGGCAUUUCGAAACCCCUCUUAAUCAACCUUGUUUUGCUAUAAAUAUCAUUAAGAACCAGUAG